AUGUCGUUCUUCAUUGAUAACCCUAAUGUGGGCAACCACAGUCAUUUGGAAGACUCUCGCAUUCUCGGCUACAACCCUCUCACCCCGCCUAAUCUCCUACAGCAUGAGAUCGCAUUGACUGAGAAGUCACGACAGACCGUCCUCGAUGGACGUAAUGAGGCCGUCGAGAUUGUCCAUGGCACAGAUACCAAGCGUCAGCGUCUGAUGGUAGUCAUUGGACCAUGCUCCAUCCACGACCCGGAAAUGGCCCUCGAAUACUGCGAUCGCCUAAUGAAGAUGAAGGAGAAGUACGUCGACGAGCUGCUGAUCGUGAUGCGCUCGUACCUCGAGAAGCCCCGCACAACCGUCGGCUGGAAGGGCCUGAUCAACGACCCCGAUAUCGACAACAGCUUCAAGAUCAACAAGGGUCUCCGCAUAUCGCGCCAGCUGUUCGUCGACCUGACCAACAAGGGCAUGCCCAUCGCCAGCGAAAUGCUCGACACAAUCUCCCCCCAGUUCUUGGCCGACUGUCUGUCCAUCGGUGCUGUCGGUGCGCGUACCACCGAGUCCCAGGUCCACCGUGAGCUUUCCUCCGGUCUGUCCUUCCCCGUCGGAUUCAAGAACGGCACCGACGGCUCGCUCGAUGUCGCUAUUGAUGCCAUUGGUUCCGUCAAGCACCCCCACCACUUCCUGUCCGUCACAAAGCCCGGUGUUGUCUCUAUUGUGGGCACCGUUGGUAACCCUGAUUGCUUCGUUAUCCUUCGCGGAGGAAAGAGGGGCCCCAACUACGAUGCCGCGAGCAUCGCGGAUGCCAAGUCUAAGCUUCUUGCUAAGGGCAUGCGUCCCCGUCUUAUGGUUGACUGCAGCCACGGUAACUCCGAGAAGAACCACAAGAACCAGCCGAAGGUCGCUGCUGUGCUUGCUGAGCAGCUCGCUGCCGGUGAAGAUGCUAUUAUGGGUGUUAUGAUUGAGAGUAACAUCAAUGAGGGCAACCAGAAGGUCCCCGCAGAGGGCAAGGCCGGUCUCAAGUACGGUGUCAGUAUCACGGAUGCUUGCAUCAGCUGGGAGGAUACCGAGUCAGUAUUGGAGACUCUGGCGCAAGGUGUUCGCGCUCGUCGCGAGAAAUCGGAAACAAAAUAA